AUGCCUGUAGGGGACCCACUUCAUCGGGAUGAGACCCCCAUGGCCCGGUACGAGGAAAUAUUCACAACUAAGAGAACCGCGGCCGGGUCAAGGAGGCAUAUAGUAGGAGCCACCAUAACAGUUACCAAGAAAGACGAAGAGGGGAUCCUCCACCCCCAUGACGAUGCCUUGGUGGUCAUUGUGCAGGUCACCAACUUUAUGGCACGAAGAGUCCUGAUCGACAAUGGCAGCUCUGCCGACAUCCAAUUAUGGGAAGUGUUUGUCAGAAUGAGAAUCAAUCUCGACUGCAUGCACCCGGCCUUGAUGUCGCUCAAGGGUUUCAUGGGAGAUGUGGUCCAACCAGUGGGGGCCAUCACCCUGUCUGUUCUGGUUGGGAAGGCCCCAAAAACUUUUGCGACACUAAUUGACUUCUUAGUAGUGAAGGCCUCAUCCUUGUACAAUGCAAUAUUGGGCCAUCCGACCCUGAAUAGUCUAAGCGCGAUGACGUCAACAUAUCACCUUAAGAUGAAAUCCCUAAGAACUCGGUGGUGGAUGAAGUUUAAGGUGAACAAGUGUUGGCACAAGAAUCUAAUGAGCGUGAGUUAA